ACACCAUGAACCUUCUCUAUACGUAUAUACGUUCUCUGAUAAUAAUUCAACUAUUUGAACUGUAAAUUUUACUAUAAUUUUAUUUUAUUUUUUUAAUUCUUGUGGCAACCAUUGUUUGCAUGUAAACAUAUGAUUCUGACAGUUCUUUAUUUAUUAAUUGAUUUCUACAGAUUUUAACAUUUGCAGUUGGUUAGAAAUUAAAUAAAGUCAUGUCGUGUACAAAACUUUCCAAUGGACUGCAACUUUUAAGUCGUAAUUCGACAAGCCGUGCUCUUAGUUCUUCGGUAGUCAAUUCAUGGCGCAACUACAGCAACUCGCGUAGUGAUUUAGAAACUUCCACUCACACUGGGCAGGUUUUUGACAAAAAUGAUUAUCGCAAUGUUCGAUUCGUUAAUGCCAAACGCUAUGUUAAUGAAAAUUGGGGUAUUAAAUUGAUCGAUGAAGUACCUCCAAUUGAAGUUACAGAUCGUGUUGUUUAUUGUGAUGGUGGUGAUGCAAACUUGGGUCAUCCUAAAAUUUACAUAAAUUUGGAUAAACCGGGACCACAAAUCUGCGGCUAUUGUGGCCUUAGAUUCGUUAAGAAAGAUGGACACCACCAUUAAAUUAUUGUUUUUGGAAAAAGAUGACUAUGAGAAAAUGCACGUGGGAUAAUUGUUAAUUUGCAUUGUCUCAGAAUAAAUAUAAAAUAAAAAAAUCGGUGGAUUUUGAUUUAGUCGUGUAAAUAUUUGUUUAAUAUUGAUUAUUGAGUUGAGCGUUUUAUAACAGGUACAAAUACUAAUAAAUUUGAGAGCAAUAAUA